CGUCACACCACCAACAUCAUCGGUACUACAUGACAUGUUUCCCUCGGUUCCCAAGUUGGUUUUGAUGUCCCACAGCACCACCAUGACMACAGACAGAAAGAAAGAAGAGAACACAACCGCCAAAGUAAUGGAAAUGGGAGAAAGAGAAAACGGAGACUACCAAAGCAACCAGGCUGAUGGCACUCAGGCAGAAGAUGGAUCGGAAGGAUCCCGAUCCUCGCGAUCAGGGAUUUGGAGUAAUUUAGAAGAGGAUGUCGAAACCGUAUCAUCAGGAGUAUCUCCAACUACUAAUCAGGGUAGCCAACUGAGCCAUCAAACUGGAAUGAGCAAACCUGAGUCGGAGGAGUCUCUGAAYAUUGCAAGGAAAGAAAACAUGGCMGUCAUGACCUGGAGACUCGUCAUGUUCGGUGUUUUAAUCGUUACCACAGUCGCUGUUGCUGUUCUUGUGUUCUUGUUUGUGAGCAACACCGAAAACCAAGAGUUUKURAAGUCGUUCGAUGUGGAUUCUAAUAAAAUUGAAGAAUCACUGCUAAGCACCAUGGACACCAAGCUGGAAGCUGUAGAUUCAUUGGCGAUGUUCAUGGUUACUAACGCUCGAGAGAAGAACCAGACGUGGCCUUACACCACACUCAAUGAUUUUGGAUCAAAGGCAGCAAAAAUGAGAAUUCUAUCGCAUGCCAUUGCUCUUCAGCAAUACGUAUAUGUUACAGAAGAGCAACGCCCCGAAUGGGAGGCUUAUGCUAAGGCGAACGAGGGUUGGGUACAAGAAACCAUCGAAAUCCAACGCGAAGACACCACCUUUUCAUCACCGACAUACAUACCGGAUUAUGAUACUAAUCAUUCUACUUCAAUUCGAUAUGCUGSUCCAGUCCCGAACGGUACUGGGCCGUACACGCCAACCUGGCAGACAUACCCAAUGCUCCCCACGGGUACUAUGAGUGCUUAUAACUGGAAUGCCAUUCAGCACAGAUUGCUCGGACCUGGUAUUGAAAAGGUUGUAGCGGACCACAAAGUGGUGAUUGGRCCCGUCCUCAACUUUGAUGACUCUAAUGAAGGGUAAGUUCAUGAAUACGAUCUAGGACAUUAAUUUUUGUAUUCAAAUUGAGAAUGCAUGGCUCUGGUCACUGUAUGCGUGAAUUGUUUGGUGUCUAACGCUUGGACCUCUYGUUUAUUACCUUCAGAKCUGGCACCAAUCGGAUGGUGGUUUGGGCCGGCCGCCAUUCRUCAUCGCCAGAUGUGAAUCCGAAGGAACCGAUUAUUAGGGUUUUGUAYCCCAUCCUGGAUACGGCGACAGGUGCCAUCACCGUAGACGAAGAGGACUCGAAGGUAGUUGGGAUUAUCGCCUCAAGUUUCUACUGGAAGUCGUACCUAGAGAAUAUCCUCCCCAAUGACGAGAACGGUUUGGUUGUGGUAUUCGAAAAUGCCUGCAAUCAGACCUUCACGUACCAAAUAAAUGGUCAUGAAGCGGAAUGGAUGGGUACAGGGGACCUUCACGAGCCUGAAUUCGAUGGCAUGGGCAAAACACUGACCUUCGAAGAAAUUGGUAUGAACAGCGCUAAUUCGGGGGGAMGGUACGGUGGGCUUCCUAUCGACAUGGAUUACUGUGCUUACACCGUGAAGACAUACCCAUCAACGGUAAUGAAAGAUUCCUAUCAGACAAAUGAACCAGUACUAUAUACAAUUAUUGCUGUUGGGAUCUUUGUGUUCACCGCCUUGGUCUUCAUUGGAUAUGACAAGCUGGUAUCAAUGCGGCAAAAGAAGGUAAUGAGUACGGCCGUUCAGAGUACUACAAUUGUUUCGUCCCUAUUUCCAUCGAAUGUACGAGACCGUCUACUAGAAGGCAACGGCGACACGAAGGCAGCGAACAACGUGACUGGAUCCAUAUUUCAGCCAACCAAAUCCAGACUCAGGACUUUUUUGAACGAUGGAGAUUCCUCGACUGAUUCGACAAAACCKAUUGCAGAUCUAUUCACAGACACUACUGUCUUGUUUGCAGACAUUGCUGGCUUUACCGCUUGGUCGAGCGUUCGUGAACCGACUCAAGUCUUCACUCUCCUAGAGACUAUAUAUGGGGCGUUCGAUAAUAUUGCUUCGCGACGAGGAGUGUUCAAGGUUGAGGUAAGUGAAAGUAAUUUUGUGAUUAUUCCCUGACUAUUUUGCUGUUCGUCGCGUUCUCGGGUCUUACAUCGUUGUUUCUGCUUCUGCUUCCUUCUGUCAGACUAUUGGCGACUCCUAUGUUGCCGUGGCCGGCCUUCCAGAUCCUCGUAAAGACCACGCUGGUAAGUGGUAUUGUGGAAUCCGAUCCAAACUCCCCUUCAUGACCAACCGAUGAAUUCUAACACGUGUCUUUUUUAGUUGUAAUGGCAAAGUUUGCCCGAGAUUGCAGACAACAGUUCARUGAAUUGUGUUCGAUUUUAGAGAGUUCUCUUGGUCCAGAAACGGGCGAUUUGAAUCUUCGGAUAGGACUUCACAGUGGGCCAGUAACAGCAGGUGUUCUUAGGGGGCAAAAAUCUCGAUUCCAGCUGUUUGGUGACACUGUCAACACCGCCGCGCGCAUGGAAAGCACCGGSACCGUCAACAAGAUCCAGGUCUCACAGGCCACAGCCGAUUUAUUGCGAGCUGCCAAGAAAUCACACUGGUUGCAAGCCCGUACUGAGAAGGUCGAAGCCAAGGGAAAGGGCCUCAUGACGACGUACUGGGUCGAGCCGAAGAAUUACGCAUCAAGCCAAGCAUCUACGGCAAGUACUGCACUCAGCCAUGAAGUCCAGUUUUCUUCGACUCGCGUGAGCAGUCAAACUCAGCGUCUUAUUAGUUGGAACAUUGACGUACUUGAGAGACUUUUAAAGAAAAUUAUUGCACGUCGCAUUGCUCUCAAACGCAAAGCUACUCCUGUAAACUGGAGUAAACCUCAUAAGAACAUGAUUGUUCUCAACGAGGUGAAGGAAGUCAUUAAGUUACCCGAAUACGAUUCAAAGUAUUAUCAUGCCGAGAAUCCCGAUUCGAUUAUUCUCGAGCCGCGAGURAAGUUCCAACUCAGUCAGUUUGUUACCGAGAUUGCUCUUACCUACCACGAYAAUCCGUUUCACAACUUUCCGCAUGCAAGCCAUGUUGGUAUGUCGGUUGCGAAGCUUUUGAGCCGCAUAGUUGCGCCCGACCAAGACUUUGAAGAGCACGAACAGCUCCACGAUCAUACGUACGGUAUUACUAGCGAUCCAUUGACUCAGUUUGCCUGCGUCUUUUCCGCCUUGAUCCACGAUGCCGAUCAUCCCGGAAUACCAAACUCACAACUGGUCAAGGAAGGAACGGAGAUGGCCAAAUUAUAYGAGGGAAAAAGUAUUGCGGAGCAAAACUCGAUCAAUCUCGCUUGGAAUAUCCUCAUCGAAGAAAAAAAGUAUCCCGAACUACGGAAAACAAUUUGUGAAACCCAGCAAGAAGAAGCCCGUUUUCGCCAGCUCGUUGUCAAUGCCGUUUGUGCGACGGAUAUCAUCGAUAAAGACUUAAAGAGUGCGCGCAACAAKCGAUGGGAAAAAGCGUUUUCGACUACCAAUCCUAAUUUGAAGCUAGACCAGGAUCUGAUCAAUCGCAGGGCUACGAUCGUGAUAGAGCACAUUAUUCAGGCAUCYGACGUUGCUCAUACCAUGCAGCACUGGCACAUUUACAUCAAGUGGAACGAACGUCUUUAUGCCGAAAUGUACAAGGCUUACGUAGAAGGGCGAGCGGACAAGGAUCCUACUGACACAUGGUACACGGGGGAGAUUGGAUUCUUCGACUUUUACAUCAUUCCUCUCGCGCAGAAAUUAUCUGAGUGCGGUGUCUUYGGUGUUUCUUCCGACGAAUACCUUAACUAUGCAAUCAUGAAUCGCAACGAAUGGGAAAAGAAGGGGAAAGAUGUUGUAGCUAGCUACGAGAAAAAGUACAAGAAGGAUGACAAGGCACUGGCGUAGAGCAGCAUCUACUACAUAAAUAUAUCACUAAAAAACUA